AUGGGCUACUGGGUUGGCAAGUUUCUUGGAAGUAUCAAGGAUGAUUUCCCACCUGUUUACAUUUCGGAAAAUGUAGCUGGCGAGGCAGAGGCAGAGCGCCUACCAUGGGGUCGUGAACUGCGCAACUAUAAUGCAGCAAUUGCAGGUCGGGUAUUUCUGAGUAAAGUUAUCAUCGACAACAUGGUAUAUGCUCGGGAAAAACAUGAGAUUGCAGGGAAUACGUACAACUUGUUCAAAUUCCAGAUGGGAGUUUCUGUCGCACACGAAAUCAUCCACCUUCUGACGGGUUUCCUUACUGAAGAAUCUCGUCCUGACACACCACUGGGCGUCACGAUGGACCCCUUUGGAUCCCGGGAUACUGGUGAAGCCGGUCGAUACUGGGAGGGGAUUCUUCUCGGUGGUACCGUCGAGUGCUAG